AUGAGUUGUGAUGCAUAUGAAAAUGGUGUUUCUGAAAGGUUUAACUCUGUGAUUGAAGCUGCUAGGAAGAAACCACUUAUUACCAUGUUAGAAGAAAUCUGGAUUUAUGUAAUGGAAAGCACAAGGAAACAUAAAGGUUUUGGCAAGUGGUACCUUCUGGGUAUAUGCAAUUUGAGGGCAUGGCAGUUAGUAGGGUAUCCCUAUGUGCAUGGAUAUGCUGCCAUUUCAAGCCUCAAUAGGGACCCUAAGGAGUAUGUGUCAGAAUGGUUUACUACAUCAAUGUAUGCAAGUUGUUAUAGGUAUAACAUUAGGCCACUAAACUGUAGUGCUAUGUGGCCUGAAGUGGAUUACACCAAACCAUUGCCCCCUAAAAAAAGAAGACUACCUGGAAGACCAACAAUGAAAAGGAAAAGGGAUCAGGUUGAGAGAGAAGCUAAGGGAACAAGGCAUACAAUCUCAAAAAAGGGAAUGAUCAUGAGAUGUACCAUUUGUAGGGAAAGAGGACAUAACAGAUCAACAUGUCCUGAAAGACCAAAUGAUGUACCAUCUACUUCAGGUAAAGUAGACCUUGAAGCUGAAUUGGAAGUGGAACAUGUUGUCAUGUUUAAAAGUGAAAGUGAUAGUGACUUUGAAAGUGAAAGUGAUGUGGAAGCUAAUGUUCCUGAAGUUGAUGUUCCAGAACCUGAUGUGGAGAUUCAAGAUGACAUUCAAGUUGAUGCUAACAUAGAAGAUGAGAUUCAAGCUAACAUUGAAGUGGAACAUGAAAUUGAAGUUCAAGAUAAUGUGGAACGGGAAAUUCAACACAAUGCAGAAAAUCAAGUUAGGAAGAGGACAAGAAAAACUUCAGAAAGAAUAACAAAGAUUCAGUUAAGGAAGAACAUAAAGAGGAAGGAAGGAAGCAGUAUUGACCACCCACUAGAAAUUUGA